AUGAAUAUUGUUGAAAAUCAAAAAAAUUCUACAAUAAAAAUUAUUGAUACUGGAAUUCAUGUAUAUGAUGAAGAGUAUUUAUCAACAUGGGUUAAAGUUUCAGAAGUUAGUUGGUAUGUACUUGUUUUUUUAAGUAUUUUUUCAAUAAUUACACUUCUUUAUACAAUUAAAAUUUUAUAUAAACAUAAAAAAUCACCAUAUUAUUCUUUCUUGAUGACAAUGAUUAUAGCACAUAUAAUUAUGCUUCUAACAUUAACCCUGAAAUUAACAAAUGUUACAUUUAAAUAUUUUCAUGGUUAUUUUGAGUGUAAAUUAGCUUUGUAUAUAAGUAAUGUAACAUCGUGUUUUUGUCAUUGGACAUGGGUUAUGAUGUAUGCUCAAAGAUUGGCAAUUAUAAUUAAUCCCUAUUCCGGUUCAAAAUCGGGGUAUUUUUGGAAAACAUUACUUCAUACGAAUCGUAUAUUACUUAUCACAGCAAUUUUUUCACUUAUUACUCAAACAUUUUCACCAUUUUUAAUUACUGAUAUACCAGUUUUAGAUGCUAAUGGCAAGAGAACUGGUGGAUAUUGUGAUGCUGAUAGUAAUUUAGUUAGUAAAACACAAUUAAAAUGGAUUGUUUUUUUUGAAUUAAUGACAACUUUUUUUCUUCCUUCUUCUAUUACAAUAUUGUCGGAUGUUGGUUUAUUAAUUCGUUUAAAACAACUUUCCGGAUUUAAAGUUACAUCUAGUGCAAGAUUAAGAAAUAAUUAUCAAAAAAGAAACACUAGUUUGUCAAAUGAAAUAAAAUCUUCUUCAAUAUCAGAAAUUCAACAACAAAAAAAUUUUUUAGAAGAUUCAGAAAUUGAUUGUUUUGAAACAAUUAAAAUAUUAUCUGAAAGUGGUUUAAAAAAAUGUAAAGAAAGGCGUAAUAAAGCAAUAAAACGUUGUCUACUUAUGGCAAGUAUUCAAAUAUUAUUUAAUACUCCACACUAUUUAUGUAAUACACUUGAUACAUUUGAAAUUUUAGAAACUUUAACUAGUAAUUCUGCAUUGUAUGUUUAUGCUGAUGCUAUAUCAUAUGUAAUAUACUUACUUCAAUUUCCUAUGAUGCUUGUCUAUGUAAAUAUGUUAUGUCCAAAAGAUAAAGAACAAAUUAGAUUUAUGAUGGUUCGCAAUACCAAAAUAUUAGAAGAAGAUAUCUCUAACAGAUAA